AUGGAUAUUACUACGAUCUUGAACAAAAAUCGGUCAGCCGUUGCUGCAGCUGCUGAGGCCCAGUUACAACACCAACUAGCCCAGACCGCUCAGAUCAAAUCGCGAUCGCCGUCAGAGCUGGGCUCAGAACAUGAUGCGCAGCAACCUGGCCGCCAUUCUGAGCCUUAUCAUCCGGCUCACCAGCCCAUCCAGCUGCCGACAAUUUCCCAGUAUCAUUCACCGCUACACACAAAUCACCACGCCUCCAUGAUGCGGGGUGAUUACGCACAGAAUGGCCACGAAAAUAUGUUUCGAAACAUGCCCACCAGCAACAGCGGCCCUGGAAGAGGAACCGGAGAGCCUGCUCCGAAGUCAUUCCACUGUCAAACAUGCAGCAAAGGUUUCGCACGACGUAGCGAUUUAGCAAGGCAUGAACGGAUUCACAGUGGCAUUCGGCCUCACGUGUGCGAUUGGCCGGGUUGUGGAAAGCAAUUCAUCCAGCGUUCGGCAUUAACAGUACACACUCGUGUACAUACAGGAGAGAAGCCCCAUAUGUGCGACCGCUGUGGCAAGCCAUUUAGCGAUUCUAGCUCGUUGGCUAGGCACAGGAGAAUACAUUCUGGGAAACGUCCAUACAAAUGUCCAUAUGCCAACUGUCAGAAAACUUUUACACGCCGCACAACUUUGACUCGACAUCAAAAUCACCACACUGGUACAAUAGAAGAAGCUGCCGCCGAAACGGAAGCCAAUUUGCGCCAGGGAAAGGUUGUUCGUCCAGAUGGCGUUUAUUCAGAGACAGCCUCUCCCCAUGGCACAGCUUCGCCUGCACAAAGAAGUUCCGUCUCUCCGAGGCACGAACUACCUCCCCUACACUCACACCGGCAGAUGGGCGAUUAUUUCAUGGCAAGCAGCUCCCUGCCACCCCACUUGAGAGAUUUUCAGCAAGCGAGUCCGCGUGCAUCACCCUCCACUCCUUCUCCAACUCUCUCUACCUUCUCUGCCGCUCACCACCCCCGUCCAUCCCUGACAUCGCACCCUACAAGUUAUGGCCCUCCACAACCUCUCGAACCUCCGCCAAAUAGUGGGUCUAGGCCUGGCAGUGUGACGGGUAGUCCGCACAUGACGACCGUAGGUUGGGCGUCGCCUUCUUUGAACAGCGUCCCGUCGCCUGGGUCAGUCUCCGCUCCUGAAUAUACAUAUCCUGAGCCGUCUGGACCUCCGUUCGCAGGGGGAAUGCCUGCCCACAUGUAUUACCCCAAUUCGACGAUCCGACGGCCUCAGAGCACCGAACCAGAAAACUAUGAGCUUAAGCCGAAGGUGGAGGAGCCCUGGGCUACUCACGCCUGAAAUGGAUUACGUACAGUCCACUCUCGUACUUUGAAGCUUGCAUUUAUCUUGUUUAAAGAUACCCGAUCAAAUUCCUCACCGCAUUUCCACUUGACUUUCUCCUUUUCCAUCCAGAUUCCCUUGUUGCUCUCCAUAUCUCGUAUUGCUUCAUUCCCCCUUGUGCUCGAAGCAUCCUCGGAGUAUUGUUUUAUGUACCGUUCUUCAGCCUUUUUUACCGUUUUUACAUGCCUUACUAACUUUUAAUAUCUCACCUCAUUUAUCCUUUACUAUUAUUAUUAUUGUUUUUUAUUUUUUAUUUCUUUUUUUUGGGCAUAUUUCGAUUUUAUUUUUAACGCUUGGUUGAGGUUCUAUGAUCAUAUCGAAACAUAGACUGGAUAGGCGUCAGGCCUGGUGGGAAUCGGGAGUGAAUAUUCGCCUUCUGUUCCUUUUUAUUUUCAACUGUUCUCUCCACCAUCUCAAUUCAAGGGGCAUGCUUGCGAUCAGGUUUUUGGGGGAUUGCCAUGGCUUGGUUAUUGAUUUUUAAGACGAGACAAUGUAAUUAUGCGAAGGUUCACUUUCUUUUUUUUGUUUUCCUUUUUGUGUUUGGUUUUUUAGACUUGUACCCUGUAGUGACUUUGAUACCAUUUUGAUAACAC